AUGUCUGCAUCAGUGUUUGCUGGGCUGCAACCUUCUGCGAUGAAGUGGAUUGUUUUGAGGUUGAGGGAUGUGGUGUUGGAAGAGUCAACAUUGAGGAUCCAGAAGGUGCACAGGAAGGAUAUGACAAUGUCCAAAGUGUCAUCAGAUGAAAUGUGCAAGUGGCUCUGUGAGACCAUCAGGAUAGCUGAUGAGGAGGCACUUGAUUUCUGGGAGAUUUUUGUCAGUCGUGAAGAGGCUGUCCUUGAUCUCAAGAGCUUUGAGACAGAGAGCAAAGGUAGGGAGUGCAGGGAUGAUGGCUUUGCAAAAUGGAGAUGA